AUGCUGGCUCGGAAAGCGCAACUUCAUCUCACCUUGGGUCAUCGGGCGCCCGGCCUUAGGUGCAGGGGCUUGGCCACUGCUUCCAGCGCGUCAUUACGAGCGCCAUUAAGCCGUUACGAGCCGGAUCAGUUCCAAGACUAUGGGGUUUUCGUAGACAGAGUCGCCGAAUAUCGAAAAGUAAUCCAACAUCCCCUCACGUAUGCAGAGAAAGUUCUCCUCGCGCAUACCGAUGAGUUUGACACACCCACAUACCGACGUCGAGAGUCGCAGCUCAAGUUGAGGCCAAGGCGUAUCGCAUGUCAAGAUGCCACGGCACAGAUGUCUCUUAUCCAGUUUAUCUCAGCUGGGUUGGAAUCAACAGCUGUGCCGACAACGAUUCACUGUGAUCACCUCAUCGUUGGCCGAAACGGCAAGGAAGAAGACUUGCCUAAUGCCCUCGAUGCCCAUAGUGAAGUAUAUGACUUCAUGUCAAGCGCAUGUAAGAAGUACAAUAUGGGCUUCUGGAAACCCGGCGCGGGGAUUAUCCAUCAAAUUGUACUUGAAAACUACGCCUAUCCUGGUGGUAUGAUGGUCGGCACUGAUUCUCAUACACCGAAUGCUGGCGGUAUGGGCAUGAUCGCUAUUGGCGUUGGCGGUGCAGAUGCAGUGGACGUCAUGGCUGGGCUCCCUUUUGAGUUGACAGCGCCUAGUAUCAUCGGCGUGAAGUUGACGGGCGAGUUAUCAGGUUGGGCAAGUCCUAAAGAUGUUAUUAAUAAGCUAGCGGGCCUACUGACCGUUAAGGGAGCGACUGGAUCGAUCGUUGAGUUCUUCGGUCCAGGAACGCAGACUUUACCCCUUACCGGAAUGUCCACAAUUACGAAUAUGGGAGCCGAGACUGGCGCGACAACGUCGAUAUUUCCAUACUCACCGGCUAUGUCAAAAUAUCUCGAAGCAACACGCCGGCCAGAACUCUCCAGGGCAGCGCAAGCGGUAGCAGGUGAAAUGUGCGCCGAUGAAGGCGCUGAAUAUGAUCAAGUCAUUGAAAUAGACUUGUCUGCACUCGAGCCACAUAUUAAUGGUCCCUUCACACCGGAUUUAGCAACGCCUGUUUCAAAAUUUGCCGAUGCAGUAACCCAAGAAGAGUGGCCGUCGAAACUAACAGCCGGGCUGAUUGGCUCUUGUACCAAUUCAUCAUUCGAAGACAUGAAUAGGGCGGCAAGUGUAGCACAACAGGCCAUGGACGCAGGAUUAACACCGAAGAUGCCGCUCCUAGUUUCCCCUGGCAGUGAACAAGUCCGGUCGACAUUGGAAAAAUCUAAGACUAUGGAAGUAUUUGAGAAACUUCAAAGUACAAUUUUGACGAAUGCUUGUGGACCAUGUUGUGGGUCUUGGGACCGUCAGGAUAUGAAAAAGGGGACUAAGAAUUCUAUUAUCACCUCAUAUAAUCGGAACUUUACCGGGAGACUGGACUCCAAUCCAGCUACACAUAUCUUUCUGUCUUCUCCUGAGGUGGUCAUGGCCAAGAUCUUCUCCGACGACCUCGCAUUCGAUCCAACCAAGGAUAGUCUUACAACGCCAACUGGAGAAGAGUUCAUUUUCAACCCUCCGAAUAGUGCCGAGUUACCUCGAAACGGAUUUGAAAAUGUCGACCAUGUGUACACUCCUCCCCCUACGAGUGGUCGCGAACAUGUAGAAGUUCAAAUAUCGCCUUCUUCUAAUCGACUUCAGUUGCUAAAGCCGUUCAAACCGUGGAGCGGAAACGACUACGAGAAUUGCUUGAUCCUUAUUAAAGUAAAGGGGAAAUGCACCACCGACCAUAUCACUCCCGCCGGACCCUGGUUCCGCUAUCGCGGACAUUUAGGGAACAUCUCUAACAACACUCUCAUCGGCGCUGUAAAUGCCGAUAACGGAAAGACUAACGCUGUGCGCAACUUGUUAACGGGUGAAGAAGGUGGCGUACCUGAUACAGCGCGGUCAUAUCAAGAAGCGGGCCAACCGUGGGUGGUCAUCGGUGAUCACAAUUACGGCGAGGGAUCAUCAAGGGAACACGCAGCUCUGCAGCCACGAUACCUUGGUGGUGCUGCUAUCAUCGCGAAAAGUUUUGCGCGGAUACACGAGACUAACCUCAAGAAACAGGGUAUUUUGGCCUUGAAAUUCGUGGAUGAAGCGGACCAUGAUCGGAUCCAACCAUCGGACCGUAUUAGCAUAGUUGGACUGACAGGAUUGACCCCGGGACGGAACCUAAAACUACGUGUAACACCGUCCAGCGAGGGUGCGGACGGUAUGUGGGAAACUGAGGUAUCUCAUACCUAUUCGACGGAGCAGGUUGAAUACUUCAAGGCCGGAAGCGCUUUGAAUUUGAUGAUGUUGCGUAAAAAGGGUGAAGAAGCUGCUGCUAUAUAA